AUGCAAUUCUCCCUGCCGCCUUUCUUUUCCACUCUUUUCUGUUGCCUCGUUAGGGCCGUCAUUGCCACCGUUAAUAUCACCACUGCUUUUGUUGUUGUUGUCGUCGUCGUCGCUUGCCGCUUCUGCCUGAUGCUCAUUCCUGUACGUUGCUACUCCUGCGGGAAGGUCAUUGGCAACCUCUACGAGACCUACCAGCAGCUGCUCAGCGAGGACUACACCGAGGCAGAGGCGCUUAACGCCCUGCAGCUGGACCGCAUGUGCUGCCGCCGCAUGAUACUGUCGCACAUUGACCUAGUGGACGAUCUGCUGCCGUAUAGCGUGCCGGUAGUGGGAACCAUGCCAUUAGUUAACCCACUGCAGACCCCCACACCGCACCGCAGGUGA